AUGGGCUGGUUAAGAGUGCCGGUGGUCAUAGAUAGGAUAGAGUUGGUCGACGGGUUGAGUGAGAAGUACGCAGUUGGGAUGUAUGCUGAUGGGGUUUUGGCUGAAUGGGCGGCUGGAAUUGUGGUGGAGUUGGCUGGUGGAUUGAGUGUACGGACGGCGGUUGAGCGAUUGUAUAGUGGUAUAGGCCAGUACUGGUUGCCUGGAGUACAGCCUGUGCCAGUAAAUGGGGUUUUAAGUGUAGAAGAGGUAGAAGACAUAGUUGAUAGACGAGUUAGAGAAAGAACAGAGGCUGGGUUUGGGUUUGGCCGGAUAUGGGCACUUGGUCGUGAUUGGGUGAGUGGUGGGGCUGGGGCUUUAGAAGAGGCAUUGUUCUUGAGUAUAGCUGGGGCUUAUGAACAGGCCUUGGCGGUGCUGGGACUUGUGCCUGAAGAGAGUCGAGGUGGACUGUACACGGAAAUACUGCUGACCUGUCGGGUGGGGGCUGGACGAGAAAUUAUAGAUGUGUAUACGGUUGGCGAGAGUUUGUCUUACAUUGAAGAGUUGCGGCGAGUUUUGUGUUUGUACUGCUAUUUGCCGCGGCUGUUAGAGAGUGAGAAACAAAGUGCUGGGUACGUGACAGCUUUGUUAGCUACAAGGAUAAGUUGUGGUGUUGAGUACGGUGUGCGGGUUAUUUUGAACUUGGCAGCAAGUGAGACUUUAAUGGAGUUGGGGGUUGAGCCAAAGAAACAAGUAUUGCUGUUGGUUGAGGCGGGUCGGUGGGCUAUGGUAGUUGCGGGUAAAGUGCCAGGAGUUGGUGAGUGGGCUUUAGAUCUUUAUCGGCGGGCGAUAUCUCAAUGUAAGUUGGCUACAAUUCGGGUUGAAGUUUUAGCCCAAACCUUAGCUAUUGGUACAAGUUUAGGUAUAGUCUUGCCUGAGGUGCACGAAUUAGUGCUGAUUCCGGGCUGGAUGCAAUACUUGGGGGUAGUAGAUGCACACUUAAGAGAAAAGGUCGAGGAACUAGUUUGUGCACCAGAGGCCAGAGUUGUUUGUCGGCGAGUAAUUGGGAAGGCUGAGGUUAAGCGGGGGGUGGCGGCUAAGUUGUCUUAUUACUCGCGAAGGAUUAGACCAGGUGAGCAGGUCUUUAAUGGACAGCAGAUAGAGAUUGCGGUUAAAUUGCCGGCCGCUGUAACUAACGCCGAGGCAUACGUGAUAGUUAACGGGCAGCCGUACGGCUUGGAUGAACAGAAACGAGUGAAAGUGACCGUACAACAUCAUGGUGAAAAGGAGGUGUGUGAGGUUAGGAUUUCGGAAGUUCGUAUACGCCGUGGGGGCAGUUGCUUGGUCAUGAAACUAUCUGCGCGGUUGCUAGUUAAUCAGAAGAAUUUCGUGGUGCCACAACUGGCAAGUGUGCCUGCUUGUGGGCCGUUUGGAUGGUGCCGCGUAUGGACUCAGGGUUGCCAGCCAGUCGGUCGUGGUCUUUGGGUUAAUGAAGACGGAGUUGGGUAUAAACGGGCGAAACAGCGGAAGUUCAUAGUUCGAGAUUGUACUGGAGCGCGAGUGCAAGUGGAAACUCAGGAAGUUCAUUUGGAGAGUUCAAAGCUUCGAGUUAAGUUUAGGAUUAAUCGACGUAAUGAAGUGUGCUGGCAGAUGAGUGGUGAAUACCGGCGAAUGCGUGUGUACGGUCCAUGGAAGGUGCAAAAGAACCGACUGAUACCGCGUCAAAAACUACGAAUUAGUCGUGGGUCAGAGGAUGAUCUGCCGGUUAGUGAUCCAGAAGUUGCUAAAGAAAGCACCAUUAGCAAGGCCAUAUACCAGUUGCUUAGCCGCUCGGCCAAGGAAAACAAGAUGAAGCCACUAAAAAUGGCGAUUAGAGAGAAGUUCUUCGCUAGAGAUGAGAUUGUUCGGGCGCUAGCAAUCCAUGGCAAAAAGGAUCCCUUAGCAUACUUGCCUAGUAUAGCCGGUUCUGAUCCAGUACUAGUUCUUUACACCGAGCACAAUAUUCAGAUAGUGCGUAUUGGGUUAGAAAAACGAGUGGCCGAUAAUCAGUACAGUUUAUGGUCCAGUUGGGCUCAUUUGGCAGGCCUAUCUGAAAGGUAUAUGUUUGCAGCUGGGGCCGAAAGUGUCGCACGGAUUCGUGCUAUGCUACAACGAGAACGAGAAGUCACUGAAGAGCACCGGUGGUAUUUAGGAGGCCUGGAUGUACGUGCUAGUGAAAAGAAAGGCAAACAUACUUUAUCUAUCCGCAACUACUCCCUAUUCCGCCAUUUUGUACUUAUGGUUGGGAUGAAGAUGCUUUGUCUAUCUCCGGGCGAACGUGUUCUUUGUCUCCUCAACAACCAGGUGAACUCCAACGAUAUUUGCAUCUCACCAGCCAACUAA